AACCUCGCGUCCGGCUGUGCACCGUCUCAGCUGCCUCCGGGCGACGCCAGCGCACGUGCUAGCGCCAUGAAGCCCCUGGAGCUCCUCUUCAACCGGCUACACUGCCUCAUCAAGAUCGACGCUCGAAAUGAGGAAGCACCGCCGGACGUUCUCGCGGCGCGCAGCCGAGCGACUGCGGAGGCGGCAGCGAGUGCCAACCCGGAGCACCCGGCGCCUCAGCGUGAGGUCAAGGAGUUGCUCGAGGCCGAGCUGGGCGAGGACGACUUGGGUGGCCGCGGCGGAUACGAGCCGCUGGUAGCGCAGAUGCAGGACGACGAGCUCCCGCCGCCGCCUCCCCCGUCUUCGGGCGAGCAGCGGCGACACGGACCUUCGUCUCGCGGGAUGGACUCGGUCGAGUUCCGACGGCGCGGCCAGGAAAUGGUCGAGUACAUCGCGCGCUACAUGGAGACCAUCGGCGACCGGCGCGUGACCCCGCAGUGCGAGCCGGGCUACCUCAAGGAGCUGCUGCCGGAGAGGGCGCCCGAACAGCCAGAGGACUGGGACAAGAUCAUGGCCGACGUGGAGCGCUUCAUCAUGCCCGGAGUGACCCACUGGCAGCAUCCCCAUUUCCAUGCCUACUUCCCCGCUGGGAAUUCCUACCCUUCUAUCCUGGCGGACAUGCUCUCUGAUGGCAUCGGCUGCGUCGGGUUCUCCUGGGCAGCCAGCCCGGCUUGCACAGAAUUGGAGGUGAUCAUGCUGGACUGGGUCGGAAAGAUGAUUAACCUUCCGGAUGAAUUUCUCUGCCUGUCAGGAAACAGCAGAGGAGGAGGAGUCAUCCAGUCAAGCGCGAGCGAGUGCAUUCUGAACACUCUGCUGGCGGCCAGGUAUGCCACCAUCAAGAAACUCAAGGAAGAACAGCCUUUCGUCGAUGAGGGCGUGCUCCUCUCCAAGCUCAUGGCCUACUGUUCCAAGGAGGCUCACUCAUCAGUAGAGAAAGCAGCCAUGAUUGGAUUUGUCAAGCUUCGCAUUCUUGACACGGACGACAACUUCAGCAUGCGUGGCUCAACGCUUGCCGCAGCCAUGGAGGAAGACCGCAAGGCCGGAUUCGUCCCCUUUUUUGUGAGCGCAACUCUCGGAACAACGUCUUGCUGCUCCUUCGACGCUCUUGCCGAGAUUGGUCCACUGUGUCAGAAGGAAGGCAUCUGGCUUCACGUGGACGCCGCAUACGCAGGAAGCGCCUUCAUCUGCCCCGAGUUCCAGUAUCUGCACAAAGGACUCGAGUACGCGAUGUCUUUCAACAUUAACCCUAACAAAUGGAUGCUUGUAAACUUCGACUGCUCCUUGAUGUGGGUGAAAGACAGGUUCAAGCUGACGCAAGCUUUGGUUGUUGACCCGCUGUACCUACAGCAUAGCUAUUCAGGUGAGCAUAAGUCUCAUUCACACUGGGGCAUACCUCUCAGUCGGAGGUUCCGGUCACUCAAGCUAUGGUUCGUAGUGAGGAGGUACGGCAUCGCCGGACUACAGCACUACAUCAGAGAGCACGUCCGACUCGCAAAGAAGUUUGAGCAGCUGGUGAGGAGCGACUCCCGGUUUGAAGUGGUAAAUCAAGUGAUCUUCGGUCUCGUCUGUUUCCGGCUUAAGGGUUCCAACCAGCUGAACGAGAAGUUGCUGUCGAGCAUCAACGCGUCCGGCAAGUUGCACAUGGUACCGGCGUCUCUCAACGACCGCUACGUGAUCCGCUUCUGCGUGUGCGCGCCCAACGCGUGUGAUGCCGACAUCGUCUACGCCUGGCACAUCGUGAGCCAGUUCACCACCGAGCUGUUGCAGCUGCUCGGACACGAAAUCGACAAGAAGGAAGAAGAGAAGGCCAAGAUAUGCGAGGAGUCGGCUGACGAGGUGUUCGUUCUGGAGCGGAAGCAGCACAGCCUGCGCUACCGCCGCAGCUUCUUCGUGCGCAUGGUGUCCGACCCGAAGCUGUACAACCCAAAGAUCGUCCGCGCCCUGUCCGGCUCGACGAGCAGCGAGCCGCAGCAGCGGGGCCAGCCGGCCAGCGAGUCGUCGGGCGAGUCGCCCACGUACACGGGCGAAGUGGUCACCCCGCUCUAGGCGCCGCCGUCGCCCAUGCCGCACCAGCACGCCUGCAGCCACCGCCGAGAGCGUCUUCGAACGAGCAACUCCGCCGGAAACGCGUGCCACUGUCGGUCGUUGUGCUCCGAACAGC